CGAUAAGAUAAAUCAUUAAAAUUGGCCACUGAUAUGGUUCAAUUACUUCCGAUCGCAAACUAAUGGUAUCUUGACACAGAAAGCUCAAUACAGUCAAAAUUACAUGUGCUUCUCGAGCGAUUGGACCUAGAUUCGUCGGAGUAGAAAUUAUAAUACAGCGCUUCUAAUUGAGUAGAUUUGUGAUAAUGUCAGAGUAUUAAUGAGCUUGCAACACUGUUGAGAAAACAAGAAAAGCCUGCCCCAGGAUAACUGCAUCUAAGAAGGACGUAUCGAAGCGAACAUUUUCAUUUAAGAUGUUUAAAAUGUUGCCAUUCAAUUUACAAGGAAAUUGUUGUCGUUAGCAAAAACAAACGUUCACACGAAAUCAGUCCAACCAAUUCACGAACAUGGUGCAAACACAGCUCACAAAUUUUACUUCGCAGAACACCAGUUUUCAAAAUGUGUCUCGUUCAAGACCCCCGAGGCCACAGCGUUUGGAGGAUCAUCCUGAAUAUGAGUUUAUGAAAAUUUCACUAGGAUAUAUAUCUGUGGUUGUUUCCUGUGUAAUUUUUUCAAUAAAUAUUUUCAUGAUUACGAUAUUUUUUCGUGCGGGGCUUCGCAAGCCUGUCCACAAGAUUCUGAUAUCAAUUGCACUGACAGAGAACUUAAGUAUUAUUGUAAAUCUGAUUCCUUCCAUCUACUUUUAUACAUUGGGACAUGGAGAAGAAUACACACACUUUGACUGGUGUUUGCCGCAAGUGUUGCUUUCAAGGACCAUCCCUGGACUUUAUCGAACAUGGUCAUUGAACUUGAUGGUUCUCCUCGCUUUACAGGGGCUGCUAGUAUUAGUGCGACCUUAUCACGUUAAUUCUUAUUUCACACCAAAGAAAACCGUUGCUAUGAUUUUUGUUGUUGGGAUUGUCGCUUGUGGGGCAAAUGUUCCAAUGAUAUUAAAACUAGAUAAACACUCAAAGUAUACUGUCCAAUCUUUCAUUCUGCCAAAUAUAACCAUCUUAGGUUGCCUGCGGGAGCGCAGUAAUAUAUUAGGUGUUCAGAUUUCCGACAUUUUGUUUGUUUUGUUUUCCAAAGUAAUACCGAUUGCCACACUAGUUUUCCUUGAUAUUUGUUUGUUGGUGAAACUACAUAGAAUGACGCGUAGAAGAUCGACCAAACUCGGAAUGCAAAAACAGCAGAUAUGUCGACAAAAUAGUCAAUCCAACAGACUUACUUCAAUCAUAUCGAUCAUUAUCUCGUGUAUUCUGUUAGUCGACGUACCAGGGCUAGUACUUCAUACUUACAUUUUGUACUCGGGGAACAUUUCUUGUCGAAUGUGCCAACUUGACAAACUGUUCAGUGUUAUUUACGUUUUGGAGCUAAUGGCGUUUUCAUCUAGCUUUACCAUAUAUUCUUGUAUGAGCAGAAGUUUCCGUAUGUCUAUUUCUCGGUGUCUUACUCCUAAAAGUAGACUCAAGGAACAAUCUUCGAACUCUUUGUCAAUUAAGACUUUGUCAGUAAAUAACAAAUCAUGAAUAGAGUAUAUAUCAUAAAACUUGUAAAAGUCGUCAUAUGACAUUUUGAGUGGAUCUUUUAAAAUUUUUAUUUCAAAUUGAAAGCUUUAUGCAUCACGUAACAUCCUAAAGGGAAAAGAAGUAGCAAUAUACUUACUAUUUUCUUAGUAUACACGUCAAAUAGGAUUUAUUUUUAGAUAAAGGAAUUUAUGUUAAACCUAAAGCUAGAUAUGUUAUUUGUUAAACCUUUAGCUAGAUAUAUUAUUUUUGCGUUUUUAUGUCCACUCUCUUUUCAAUAUACUCGAUUGCUUAAUUCUUAUGAUAAUUAUUAAUUUUUUUCCACAUUUGUACGUUGUCGUUUUUAGGCGGUCAAUAAAAAGUAUGGAAAAAAUCAACCCCAAACCUCCCAAUAUAUCCACCAAUUUAAAAUUUCUUUAAGCUUAAUCUAAGUCUCUUAUAAAAGUGGCUUUUUUAUGCACCAUUUUGUUCCAUUGUAUUAAAAAAUUUAUCAUGUGUACUAGUGCUAGCAUUUUUGUGGCAGGUGAACCCUUUUGUUUUAUCUUCUUCUGUAAUUUGUUUUUCUAGUCAACUGCUUGUGGGUUUUCCAGCCACUUUUGAUGUAGUUAAUAAUAUUCUAUAUUUUUGUGUCCUUUUUGUGAAUGACAAUAUUUUUACACGUACGAGAUUUUAAUAUCUUUUUUACGUUAACGAGAAAAAAGGACACAAACGAGCUUCAAUGUUGCUUUGACGGUUAAAAAAUAAAAUGUUUUAUCCUGCAAUCGCCCUUUUAUUGGCUGAACAAAGGUAAUCAAUUCAACAAGAGCUUUACCCCAUCAGUGCCGAAGUAUUAGUAUUUAUAACGUUCAGUAUGAUGUCAUCUUGAUUUCACCGUUCACGCAAAGGCAUCAUAGUUGAAUUUCUACUGCAGAUUUGAAGACUUUAACAAUGUAUUCUUAUCGAUCGAGUUUUGUAACAUGCACAAUCUGAAUAAUGUUUCAAUUCCAGUUUUCAAAUGUUUAAUUAACUUGUUUUAUUUUUUUUAUUAUCAUGUUGUAAUCAAGUAACAUUGUUUGUUUGCCACGUACACCAGUCGAAUUUUUUAUUGUCCUGAUUUUUACAUGUUUUAGGAAUCAAUGAUUCUUCUUUACUAGCAUACAAAUAAAACUAUCCUUCUAUGUUUCUAUGAACUAUUAAAGAAUUAAGCUGGGAUUUAGACUACAAGCAAUCUAAGAGGAAAUGUGUGAUAAAAGAUAAGGUUUGUUUUAUUACUAUCCCUUAAUGAUAAAGGAAAAGUCAUUGUGAUUAUCCAUAAGGGAGUAGAAAAUAAAAAGUUUAUCAGAUUUAAUAACGAUAAUCAUUUUGAUAGGACUGCAGACUUACAAGCAAUUGAUUGCAGCUUAUUAUCAAAUUGUGACCAUAUACAUGUAUCCCUUUAAGGUGUUUUCCCCUGGAAGCAGAGUCUGUUGUAUAUGCAUAAAUAUUAGCCAGCCAACUACCGUAGAGAUUCCACAAACUAAGUUUUUUCUUCUUCCAAAAACACUGUUCGUAAAAUACACUUUGAAUUAUCAAAAUAAACAUUCAUAUUUUGCUGCACAACUAUUAUAUUAUGUAUAGAAAUAUAUUCAACUCAACUUAUUUUGCCGUUUACGUACUAGCAUCGUAAAGGGGCAUGGUCACGAUUUUGGUCAAAAAUUAUUUUUUCGAUUUUAAUGUUUACAAUGCUUUUUUAAUAGGCAACCAAAAUUUGAGUGUCAUUUGAUGAGUUAAAAGCGAGUUACAGAGCUUACAAUUCUUCGCUAUGUAAACAAAGCGUUUGUUUACAUUUCGAAAGUUGAAGUGAAAAUUCCAGAUUUAGACCUAAAAUAAAUGUGAUAAUCGUUAGGAACUGUUUAUUUAUGCUUUAAAUGAAUAAUAAGAUAGACAAACCAGCUUUAAAAAGAUUUUUACUGGUAUAUUGAACCUAAGUAAACAAAAACAAGGCACGAGCCUUGUUUACAUGACGAAAAAUUAUGAGCCCUGUAUCUUGCUUAAAACUCAACGACUGGCACCCAAAUUUCAUUUGAUAAUUAGAAAUGCAUUCCUAAAGCAUUGCAAAUAAUAAAAACAGAUAAAUAAAAUUUGACCAAAAUCGUGACCAUGCCCCUUUAAUUGGAAAUUUUGUUUAUCUGUUAAAAUCUUGUACACAGAUUCAGUAAUCCUGAUAAGUUUUGAGUCGUUGUAAGUUUUGAAUGAACUGUAUGGCAGUAAAUUCAACAUUUAUUCUUUUUGUUUCUCUUUCACAUGUGCCGACAUUUGUGUGUUCGAUUUUGUUAUUUUUCAUUUGUUUGGGGGUUUUUUUGUUUUGUUUGUCUGUUUUUUUUUUGUUUGUUUUUUUUUUGGCACCUAUGCUGAACCGAUUUUGAUGAAAAAAAAUGUAUCUUUUGUAUUCUGUAAAAAAAGUGUUUAAAAUAUGUUUAUGACAAAUAAACUUUAUAUGGUUAAAUAAAUUG